AUGGCGAGCCAGUCGAUCAAGGGCGACCUCCUGAACGUGCUGAGCGAGAUCAAGACCCGGGUGCAGGAUAAGCUGGGCACCGCAGAUUUCCCCAUGCCUCAGUUCAUCCUCAUCGGCGGGCAGUCCGUGGGAAAGAGCAGGCUCAUCGAGUCACUCGCGGGGGAGCAGUUCAAUUUCAUCUCUGGCACCCUCGGCAGCCGCAGGCCGACGGUGCUGGAGUUUCGCAACGUGCCUGGCCCCUCGAAGUGGUACUGGUUGGACAGCCAGACCAACCAGUGGCAGCAGCGGCCAACUUCGCAGGUCCAGGAGCUCGUGUCCAAGGCGCACACCGACCUCGGCAACAACAUCUCCGCGGAAGCCGUCAACCUGCGCGUCGAGUCCAGCAGCUGCGUGGACAUGCAGAUCGUCGACCUGCCUGGCUACCGCGGCUUUGCGAGGGACGAGGCGGCGUCGCAGCUCGUCACCAAGAUCGAGCAGCUGAACAAGACGUUCCUGGAGGACGAUCGCAACGUGAUCCUCUGCGUGGAGGAGGCCGGCGACGCGGCGAACCUGUGGGCCCUGAGGAAGGUGACCGAGGUCGAUCCCGACUACAAGCGGACCAUCCUCAUCCGCAGCAAGCUCGACAAGUACUACAGCGACCUGACGCGCUCCAACGUCCACCAGUGGCUGGAGGGCUUCGGGGACCUGCCGAAGAACCUGACCAAGUUCGCGCUGACGCUUCCGCACUGGAGCGACGGGCAGCCGCCGCCCAAGCCGCUGGUGGAGAUGCGGAAGGACCAGGACCAGCAGGACAGGGACAAGCUCUCCAGCCUCGGGUGCUCCAAGAAGCACCUCGACAUGGUCGGCUUCGACAACUUCUCUUCGUACAUGGAGAAGCGCACCGAGAUCAUGUUCACCCAGGCCAUCGGCCCCGUGAUGGCCAAGAUGAAGGACCUGGAGCAGGCGAUGACCACGCGGGUGGAGGAGAUCAAGGACGAGAUGGAGCAGGCCGACCCCUCGCAGAUGCUGGCCAGCGUGCGAGCCUGCGGCGUCUCCUUCGCCAACUGCCUGACCUACAUCAUGGAGGGCUACAUCCGGUCCAACAUCAACCGCAUGACCCUCGACACCGAGCUCCGCGAGUUCCACGAGUAUCACGAGAGGCUCGGGCGGAAGCCCGCGGACGGCGAGCGGCCGCCCGGCGCGCCGAAGGAUGCGCCCCACUACGACACCUUCGACGUGCUGCCGACCGAGGACUUCGGCACCCUGGACGACUACCUCCAGCACCUGAACAGCGACACGAUGAAGGUCCCCGCGUACGACGUGGAGAUCAACGGGGGGGCACAGUUCCGGAGGCUGAUGUACGAGGUCGAGGUCUUCCUGAGGUUCUCGGAGGUGGGCAACGAGAUCAAGAAGAAGGACGUGCUGCAGUCCUUCGGCAUCUCGAUGAGCUCCGUCACAUGGAGAGAGGUGGUCGUGAAGCUGCUGAAUCACAAUGCGCACCUGCCGCUGCAGCGGCGCAUCAUGUACGUCGGCGAGCGCGUCAAGUGGUUUUUCAUGCAGCAGAAAGAACCGAUCGUGCAGUUCAUGAAGGGCCUGAAGGGAUCCCCGGACGAGAAGCUCUUCAGCGUGAACUUUUCGAGGCACGCUGCGUUCAUUGAGGAUCGGAGGACAACCAGACCAUCAAGAAGUUGGUCUUCGAGACCUACGACGCUGUGGUCGACCGGCAGUUGA